GGCAAAUUUCCUACCAAAUUCAUUGAAGAGGACUUUAGAAUCUUGAGGGAAAAUAGGAUUGAGGGCAUCACAUUCCUGGCACUGAUGGAGGAGAAACUUGAGAGGUAUGGUAUGAAAGGUGGACCUGUGAAUGUCAUUGUUGACUACAUUGAAAAAUUGAAGGCAUCCAAAGUUGAGGAUUCCCAAUCUCUCAAAGGUAGUGGAGAAGGGGCCGAUGGUUUGGCAACCAUUCCCGAUGAGCACCUGGCCUGCUUCGAUGCUUGGAUGUCAGAGAAUCCCGUUGGCCUGCUGCAAAGCCCACUGUUCUCAGGGAAAACCAUGCUCAUAGAGCUUCUCACAGAAGCUGGGAUAUCUUGGAGCAGCUGUGUCAACACUGAAGUGCAGACAGACAUUUUGGUGGAUGAGGCCCAAAUCCUGUAUAGACAUGCUCCCUGGUUCUGGAGCUGUUUGAAAAUUCUUAUACAGGGCAAGAACUCCCUCAUGUGUGUUUUGCUCGUAAGCAUGUAUGGCGAGCUAUCUGGGAAUUGUGUCGGCACACCGAUCACAUUCCCACA